AUGGAGUCGGUGAAAUUUGUCGGUUUCGAUGAUGGUCAAUACCGCAAUGAAGUCCUCCUUUUCCAGUCAGAGGAAGCAGAGAUAUCGCAACAACAGAAAUUGAUUGAAGAGGCAUGCCAAUUAGGAUUAAAGGUCCCGGAGAUCGAGGCGGUGGCUUCCUUAGCCGCCUCGAUUGCGUCCGGUAUGGUCGAUCUCUCCUCCUCUAUCCUUUCCUCAGGCUCUUCGACAGAUCGCAUUUCCGUGUGUGAAGGAACCCCAUCCCACGAGACACAUCUCGACCAGGCUGCUUCGUCCCUCUCCGAGUUCACGCUGUCCUCCGAUCGAGCCAAAUGUGGCAGCACCCGAUCGAUUGCUUCGCUGUCAACCCGCCCAACGUCUUACAGCUCGAGUGAAGGGAGGGUAGUCCACGGGUUGGAUACCCUUGCAGGACGAUCUGCCGGCCAGCGGCAUUCGUUUCUCAGUGCGACAUCGAGCGAGAAGAAAGAAAGGAGGAAGUCGAGUCUCAAAUCUGCGAUUGGCAAAAUACAAUUUCGAAAGAAAAGGUCCCCUUCGACGGUUCUUCUGCCCUCGGCUGCCCAGAUCAGAGUUACUAAGGUCGAAGGAGGGGAUACAGUCUACGUGAAACCCAAGACCAAUGAGACCCAUAAACUUGAUUCUGCAGAUGAAGUAAACAAGGUGUUGAAGCUAGAAAUACCCGUGUUCGAUAAUGAGUCUCUCCAGAGAAGCCUCAACAAUGCGGAGUUGCAGCAGAUGCGAGAAUCCCACAAAAUAGAGAGAAACCGUCAUAUCGCCUUUCAGAACGAUAUUAUGCGGGAACUCAGACGCAAGCAACAAGACGCUGUUGCUGAUAGGCUGGCGCAGAACAGAAAGUUGGAGGAUCAAAAACGAGAAAAGAAUUCUGCGGACACCAUUCGGAUGGAAGAAAGACAGCUGGCGGUAGAAAUCGAACAAGUGCGGGAGUUUGAGCGGGCAAAGAUGAAUUCACGUACACGGAUAAAGCAUAUGGAGGGAUAUUUUAGCAACACCAGCCCUCCACCUUCACCCCCGGAUGGAUCGACCCCAACCUCGCCCGAUAUAUUGCCGUCGCCAUCACCAUCACAGACACGUCAGUUCACUGCGCAGAAUAAAGCCCAGCUGGCACAGGAAUAUCGUGCCCAUGACUCAAUGGAUCAGCUCCAUGAGGCGAAAAUUAAAGUUCUUCGAGACCGACAGGAAGUACGAUUACAGGAGGCUAUAGCCCGCAUGGAGAGGGAACUGGAUGCCCUCAUUGACAAGCAUGCUAUGGAAUUCUCCCAGUUACAGAGCGAGCACCAGCGGGAGGAGUUGUCAACGAUACAAGCAUUCGAUGCAAGGAAGACAAAGCUACGCCAUCGAUGGAACCUCGAAGAAGCAAUCCUGAGAAAGAAGCUCGAAAUGCAACAUGGACAACUUUAUGGACCACUGCCACCACUGUCGUUUAGUGACUCGCACUACGACACACGGGACUCGGCAAUUUGUGUCACAGACCAAACAGAAGGUAGCAGUGGCGACGAGGAUGGCGCGUAUCAAAAGAGAGAUGGGCCGGUGCUUUGA